AAGUUCGUCUUCAUUUUGCGCUACCAGAACAGCAUCGUCUACCUAAAAUACGUCCACUCUUACCUAACCCAUUAUGAUAUUAAAUAGAAAUGGGCUUAGUGAAUCACCUUGUCUGAUCCCGCUGUAUACUUUAGUGGAAGACUUGGUUAGGCAAUGGGCUCCAUUGGUAUGGUUGGCACCUGAGGAGAGAUACUUUCCACAAAGUGUUGACGAUUUUUUAAAGAAUGUAUACGUUGGUGAUGGUGGUGGAAAGAGAGUUAUGCCCUAUCUAGAUGAUAAGAUUUCAAGAUACAAAUCAACUGACUUUAACCUUUUGCCAUAUCGGUCAUUAGAAUCUCUACAAAAUGAUACCACCUCGUUUAUCUUUGGAAAUCCGGAUUUAAAUAAAGUUUCCGUAUAUGCGGUGGUAACCCAUUGUGCAACAUCCCUCAAAAGAUUUGAGAAUGAAGUUUUGGAUAACGGGGAUAAACUAUAUUUCCACGUCACCUACUGGAUUUUCUAUCCUUAUAACUUGGGGAAAGAUAUUUGCGUACUAGGUAAAGUCCCAGCUUUAAGAAUAUUCAACACAUGUCUUGGUAAUGUAAAGACAAUUGGAAACCACGUUGGCGACUGGGAACACAUGAGUCUUUCUUUUGUUGGAAAAAAUGUACCUGAUCAGCUGUAUUUAGCAGCACACACGUCUGGCGCCUUUUAUACCUACAACGAGCAGCAGAGGUAUUUUAAAUUGGAUGAGAUUGAAAAGAAAAGUGUGCAUUUAGGUAAAUACCCAGAGCUUAUUCGCACACAAGGCGACCAUCCUGUAGUAUUUUCUGCUUAUGGAUCACAUGGGAUGUGGGGAUCUCCGGGAGUACAAGAAUAUGUUAAAGUGCCAAAAUUAACAGAUAUGACGGGGUAUGGAACUCCAUGGAAGACUUGGAACAACGUUAAAAUUUACCAUAUUGGACAUGAAACGUUGCCUUCUUGGAUGACAUUCCGUGGGAGGUGGGGAAACCCGAAAAAAAGUUGCCUACUUAUUAAAAAAUUCGGAAUUUGUGAGUAUUCCGAUGGACCUACUGGAAUUGUUAGAAAGAAACAGGAUUUUUACUGCUUUGUUAAUGCUUAGUACUAUUAGAAAAAAUAAAAAAAUAAAAAAACUAA